AUGUUCUCCAGCAGCCAAUUCGAGCCGAAUUCCGCCUUCUCCGGCGGCGGAUUCAUGUCUUCUCAGCCUUCUCAGGCUUACGAAACCUCCUCCUCCUCCACUGCUAAGAAUCGUGAUUUUCAAGGACUCGUCCCAGUGACGGUGAAGCAAAUAACCGAAUCUUCUCAGUCCGGUGGUGAAAAAUCUGGUAUCGUCAUCAACGGAAUUGAACUUACAAACGUCUCACUUGUUGGGCUAGUGUGUGACAAAGACGUCUCAAAAGUCACUGAAGUUAGAUUCACUCUUGACGAUGGAACAGGACGAAUCGACUGUAAAAGAUGGCUGAAUGAAUCUUUUGAUGGUAAAGAAAUGGAGGCUGUGAGUGAUGGAACCUAUGCGCGUCUCAAUGGACAUUUGAAGACUUUUCAGGGGAAAAAGCAGCUUCUUGUUUUCUCUGUCAGGCCUAUUAUGGACUUCAAUGAGGUUACCUUUCACUAUAUUGAGUGUAUACACUUUUAUUCACAGAACUCUGAAUCACAGAUGGGACAACAAGUUGGUGAUGCCACUCAAUCUCAUGUGGUCAAUACAUCGGUUAGCACGAAUCAGACAACCCCAUUGAACCCUGUGGUUUCAUCUCAAAACAAUGAUGGAAACGGUCGAAAGAACUUAGAUGAUAUGAUUCUGGACUAUCUAAAACAACCUGCUUGCACUGCAAGACAACAGGGGAUACACUUGGAUGAAAUUGCUCAGCAAUUAAAGAUCCCAAAGAGCAAGCUAGAAGGUGUUAUUCAGUCACUGGAAGGCGAUGGUCUUAUAUACUCGACAAUCGACGAGUAUCAUUUCAAGCAUGUCGAGCUUUGA